AUGAAAGGACUCCGAGCUUGUGUAUUGUUUGUCACUCUAAAUAUCCUCAACAAAGUAGAUGGAGGCUGCAAUCUAUCAUUAAAAAGGGAUUUUCCAAGGACGUCAGUUGUAUAUAUACGUCACGGCCGCCUCCUGUCACCGGACCCUGUCAGCGGCGACGUUCAGCUGAGACGUUCAGAAACACUGCAAGUAGCAUGUCCGGGAGAACAGAAAUAUAUUGUGUUAAGCAAUAAAACAACAAAUCAAAGCUUACUUGACGUGAAAUGCGUUUCAAAUAAUUUGUUCCGCGUCACUAAAUUAUCAUGGAUCGGAAACUUCAGCGAGAUCAAAUGUAACGCGCCGCCCUGGACCAGCGCUGAGGAGGUUGGGGAUUGUGGAGUCGGAUCUAAGUAUUAUAAAAUAGGGUACAAGGUGUCAGGUCAUUUCCACGGCCUGUACGAGGCGUGUUUCAACAAAGAUCUCCUAAGCACUCUUUAUGUGAAGCAGGAGUUGGCUCCAGGGAGUAUCUUCAUUCAGUCAGGAGGAAGACCCAACUUUGUGGAAAACGAUUUCUUCGGUAAAGUGAAGAUGUCCAAGCUGUAUCACCUCAAAAAUCAGAAGACGAGAUUCAAACAAGUCUUAGGAGAUGGGAAGGAAGAGGAAUACUUGACUAAAAACCAGUAUCUGACCCGUGGACAUCUCUCCCCCCGGGCCGACCACUCCCUGCUCUGUUCCCAGCGCGCGUCCUUUCUAUAUCUGAACACAGCUCCUCAAUGGAGACGAGGCAACGCUGGUGAUUGGGCCGCCUUGGAAGAGGCUCUACGUCGCAGAGUCCACAGCUACGGCAGUCCAGUGACGGUCUACACUGGCACCUUCGGAGUCUCUACCCUGGGAGACUCUUCUUCCAAACAACAGGAGCUGUUCCUCAGCGUGGAUCAGAAUAAUAACGGGAUCCUGCCCGUGCCGCUAUAUUACUAUAAGGUUGUGUAUGACGCUAAAAACAAGACGGCGGUGUCAUUCAUAUCAAUCAACUCGUCCUACUACAACCAAACCAUGAUUAAGAAGCUGGUCUUCUGCGAAGAUAUCUGCGGCAGCAGCCUCUACUCCUGGCUGAAGUGGAGAUCAAACGACGGCACACACAGCUUCUGCUGCGAAUACCAUGACUUCAUCAAAACAGUUCAUGACCUGCCCAAAAUGAAGGUGGAAGCAUUAUUUUAUUGA